AUGACCUUGGUUAGUUUGCACCUUGGCACAGACCAAGGACUGCAGACCAAUGUGUCCAAUGCUGCCUUGACCAAUGACAGCAGUUCUCACCUGAAAUCUGACCAGCCGCUCCAUGAGAGGAUUGUAGUAUCUAUUGUGAUCAUCAUAAUAGCACUGGCAGGGACAAUGGGCAAUCUCAUUACACUGGUGACAAUUGCCAAAGUUAAAGAACUACGGAAGCAGUCUACCCAUCUCUUCAUUGCCAACUUGGCAAUUGCCGAUCUCCUCCUGUUGCUGAUCGGAACUCCCACCAUAGUGACCUCAAUGAUUCGAAAUGAAUGGCUCUUUGGUCAAGAUAUUUGUAACCUGGUUGCCAUAGCGUUGAGCACCACGUCAACGGUGAGCCUCGUUCAGAUCAUGGUGAUCGCCAUCAACAGAUACUGUGUAAUCGUUGAUGCCAAGAUAGCUCCAAGAGUAUUCAAAGGCUGGAAAAAUGGUGCUAUUAUUCUUGGAAUAUGGACCUUUAUGACAUUCAGCCAGGUGAUGCCUGCAUUGGGUGUGUAUGAGGAUACGUUUUACACGUACAGUCCUCGUGUGUACCAAUGUCUCCUCAGGUUGCCCCCAGGGAAACUGACUCAUGUCUCCUACACUGUAAUGGUGUUCUACUUCAUGAUUCAGCUUGCCAUUCUCACCUGCUACUCCCUGAUCACUGUGAAAGUCCGUAACAGUAGGAAGAGAAUCCACACUCAUUACAAUUCAGGCAAUCAGCAAACAGAAAAUACU